GUGGCGGCUAGUCAGGCCGCUGCGGCGCGCGAGGAGCCUGAGGAGGGGCCGGCCGAGUCGGUCAGGAGCCGGCCAGGUGCGCGGCAGCGGAUGGAGGGUCCAGUGGAGUGCGGGGUCCGGGACCAGGCCGAGCUGGAGCAGCCCGUCGGCGGCGCCCUGGGCGGGACGCCCGACCAGCGCGCCCGCGGCCGCCUCAGGGAGCCGGGGCACUCGGCGGCAGACCCCGCCGACCCCUCCGACCUCGCGGACGACACCCCGAGCGCGCCCCCGGGGAGGCGGCCCCGCGGCGGCCCCGCGGAAGAGGGCGCGCGGCCCGAGGUGCCUGGCGAUGCCCCGCGGCCCGGCCGCCCCGCGCCCCGGGAGGCGGCGGGCGGCUCCCCGCAGCUGCGGCGCGGCCCCGGGGGCGCGGACGGCUCGGCGGCAGAGGAGGAGGGCGCGGGCGCGCUGACGCUGGACCCCCUGGAGCACGCGUGGAUGCUGUCGGCCGCCGACGGCCGCUGGGACAGCCUAGAGGGGCUGCUGGCCUGCGAGCCCGGCCUGCUGGCCAAGCGCGACUUCAUCACCGGCUUCACCUGCCUGCACUGGGCGGCCAAGCACGGCCGGCAGGAGCUGCUGGCCCUGCUGGUGCGCUUCGCGGGCCAGCACCGGCUGCCGGUGAACAUCAACGCGCGCACAAGCGGCGGCUACACCGCGCUGCACCUGGCGGCCAUGCACGGGCACGUGGAGGUGGUGAAGCUGCUGGUCGGGGCCUACGACGCGGACGUGGACGUGCGCGACUACAGCGGCAAGAAGCCCUCGCAGUACCUGAGCCCGAGCACCGCCGAGGAGAUCCGGACCCUGGUGGGCGCCCUGGACGAGGACGAAGCCGAGAGCGCGGCGGGCAGCGGGGGAGGGCGCUGGAGACUCUCGAGGGUGCUGCCCUCGACCCUCAUCUCCGGCAGGCUCUCGCACGCUCUGGAGGACGGCGGGGACCACCACCACCAUCACCAUCACCAUCACCUGGCCGAGGGAUUGGCUGCGGGCAAAGCGAAGGAGCCGGGUCGCAAAGCCUCGGGCAGCUCUAGUGGGCGGAUGAAACCCAGACUCAACAAAAUCCGCUUCCGAACCCAGAUCAUCCACACCACACCCUCUUUCAGAGACCCGGAGCAGCCCCUGGAGGAGGGGGAGGACGAAGAGGAGAACCGGUCUUUUAAAGGCCACUCAUCCUCAUUCAAAUUGAGACCCAAGUCCAAUGUAUUCGGGUAAAAAUGAUUUCUUUUAGAACGUCCUAAGACUUGUUUGUCGUCUUAGGAAUAGGGUACUAGGUGUAGACAAGGAAGUGAGACCAGAAAAGACUGAAGCUAAAUGCUGCAUUCUUCCUUCGGGGGGUUGGAAAGGAUGGGAGGAAUUCUCCUUAGCAGUAUGGCUGCGGUGGAUUUCCAAGCGAUUCCUCAAACCUUGACCUAGGCCUCUCUUCCCCCUGCCACCCUUCUGCGCUGGAGUCCCUGUUUCUACGGACUGAAAGUGUAUCUCAAUCAGGUGCUGAGUUGAUGAUUGAGGGUCCCUUUGAUUGAAACAUUGCCGGAUACCAUGCAGAGUAAGGACCAUUGCACAUUCGUAUCUGUUUUUAAUAGUGGCGACUCUUCCAAGAGCAACAGGAAAUGCAAAUUGUAAUGAAGCUGGUAGUGUUUGUGUGAACAAACCGACAUACUACCCUGUGUUUUUACUAAUUGCAUUUGUUUUUUAAGAUGCUACUGAAGGUCAGGUCAGAGUUGAAAUGCAGAAAUACUAAUUAGAGAAUAAUGUGAAUACACUUGUGAAUCUCUCGGUACCCUAGUUGUAAGUAGUGUUCACCUCUUUUCAAAAGUAAUUCCAGGGCUCCCCUGAGGGCUCCCCUGGUGGCGCAGUGGUUGAGAGUCCGCCUGCCGAUGCAGGGGACGCGGGUUCGUGCCCCGGUCCGGGAAGAUCCCACGUGUCGCGGAGCGGCUGGGCCCGUGAGCCGUGGCCGCUGAGCCUGCGCGUCCGGAGCCUGUGCCCCGCAACGGGAGAGGCCACAACAGUGAGAGGCCCGCGUACCGCAAAAAAAAAAAAAAAGCAAUUUCAGCUUUGGUCACUGAACUAAAGAAGUAGGCAACAUUCACUUUUGAGUUAAUCUGUUGUGUGGUUUCCUCUUAAUUCUAAUACCACUGCACUUAGUAUUAAGGUACAUUAUUAAUAACUGCACAAAUUUUUAUUUAAAGAGAACACUUUUAACAACUUAUGGUACUUUUAAGUAAAUAUUACCUCUGGUUCUGAUUCUCACUAACUUGUUUUGCUUUUCCAAAAGUCGGAGUUUGUCGGAGUUUUUAUUCUGGGGGUCAUUUAACCGUUGGUUCUACUUGGCAUGACCCUACUUGACAGUGCUUAGAGUUGAAUUGUCUACAGAAACUGUUUCUGGUUUAGAUUAUUAACAAAAAUUGACAUAAAUGUUAGUGAACUGAUGCUUCUGUGAAGUAAUUAUUAAAUCAACUUAAUGAUUUUCACAUGAGGUACACUUUUUAUUUUACUAAUGAAAUACAUUCAUAGUCUCAAUACUUUGUAGCAAUGUUUUGUAAAUGUUUAAAAUACUCAAUCUUUUCAAUUUUCCAGUGUUUCCUUGAAUCUCUUAGAGACAUGGAGUGAGGUUAUUGGAAAGCUGGCUGGUAAAUCUACCCAGUUAAAAAUAGCACUUUAUAAAAGGGAAAAGAAAAUAGAUGGGACUAUUUCUAUAUUUAAAUGCUGCUGGCUAUUGAAUCCCUUCACAUAUAAGUGAAAAAAUAUCGGUCAUUAAACUUAAAGACUUGUUUAACUGUGGUUCUGAAUUAUAUUUCGUUCAAAUAUGUUAGGGUGAGUGUCUUUAUAAUUAUUGUUCAACUUAACUCCCAGGCAUAUUAAAUUCACUUGUAACAAGAUUCAAAACGGCUUGUGGGAGACUAAUUCCAAAACGUUCUUCUCCCUUUGGUCUUUUUGGUCUCAUAGUUGCUGAAAUAUAAGUAUUGCAGCCUAUAAUGAUGACAGAGUGAGUUAGCAGAUUGCAGAGUGAAUGAACCAAUACAUGAAUUGCACAGAACUGCAGUGUUUAGAGAGUUCUUAGAUCUUUAAUUUCCAAAGUUGUAGAAAUUUGUAACAAGUUGGUCACACCUCUCUAGACAGCAAUUGAUUUUGUUUAAAGACUAACGAAAAACAUUCACAUAAAAUACAUAAACUAUUGUCCAUUUGUGUGCCUUUACUUUUGUUUUAGGAUUAUGGAAGUGGGAUAUGUACAUUUGAGAAGCACUUUUAUCCAUACAUGUGGGUGAAAAUCUAAUUUUGUAUAAAUCAAAAUUAGGUUCCUUGAAGGUGAAAAGCAGUCAUUUGUUGCCGAUCAUACACACGUUGCCUGUAUCUAGCGCGGGAUAAGUUGUAACUUCUCACUGAGUCUUCGGUUUCUAGGGCGUGUGAAGCCAACGUGAACCAUAAAAACACUGCGGAACCACCUCCACGUUCCACUGAACAGUCAGUGUUAAUCUCUCAAAUGCGUAUGUUAGUGCCUAAUUGCACAGAAUCUAUAACUUGCUGUAUCUUUAGGGAUUGAGUCAAUACUUAACUUGCUUUUCACAUUAAAGAAUUCAACUUUUCAGUUGAAAUAUACUUUAAAAUUUCAAAAAUCAUUCCUGGGGGAGCUUCUAGCAUUCCUUGUAGUGAUGUAUUUGUGUGCAGUAAGCGCAGCAUUUUCAGCUACUUAACUCUGUUCCUCUUAAUUUUUCAAUUUCCAGGUUGAGAUUACAAAAACCAAGUGAUUUGUGUAAUUUGAUGUUUGUGGAGUUGUGCCUACCAUUAAUGGAAGUAUGCACGUCAGUUACUCAGAGGUUGUUGAUGUGAAACUGUGGUUAGAAAUUCCAGGUGUGUCGGUGUGUUUCUUACAGGUGCACUGGACACUAGUGAAUUUGUCACAGCUCUCUUCACUUUUAUGGUGUAUAAAGUGCAGCUAGCUUAUAAAACUUGAAAAUAUGGCACUAGUCUAUUCAUGCCUGAAAUCUUGGAGUCCAGGAUGCCUUGUCUCUUACUUUUUCAAAUAAGUGAAACUUUGGGAGUUUAGAAUGUAAAAUUUGUAAAGUUUGUUUUGUCAAAAUAAAACGUUCACACUAGAUUUUUUCCUCUGAAUUGUCUAAAUCGCUAUAGUCCUUUAUAUUUUUACCUGUCUGGGGUUUUACAUUUCGCACAAUGCUUUUUGAAAUUUGCAUCUAUUUGAUCCUUUUUCUAUCCCUUAAAUCACUGGCCAUAUAUCCUUAAUUUACAGAUAGGGGAAUGAAGGUUGAUGCUGUUCAGGGUCACAAAGUCAAUGGCAGUAAGAUCUCAAGAUUUGGUGCUUUUCCACAACAUUAUCUUUUCUGCACUUUGAAUUGCCAAAUUUUGGCAAAGGUGCUGCAGUAGGGCACCAGCGGUGAAGGAAUCAUCUUGGAGAGAGGGUAGUACCUCUACCACUACCUUAAAAAAAAUGCAAAUGAAAGGACCGACAAGGGAUUAAUCUCCAAAAUAUGCAAACAAC